CUGAUAAACAGUUGGUUUUUUGAUACCGUUGUGGUCAUGACAAAAGCAAAAGAAGUUCCAUCAGAAACUAGAUUAAAUUCGAAAAAAAUAGAAAAUGAGUUAAACAUAAAGUCAGAGGCGAAAGGAGGAUCUUUCUUUGAUCCAAUGUCAGUGACUUGGAUGGAAAAAUACAAUUACAAAGUGGAGAAGAUUUGGUCCACAUUUCCCAGCCUCGUACAAACGUCAAUUGUGACAUGUGCAAUUUUUCUCCUUGGUUCUUUUUUGAGAGGUGAAUGGAUGCUGAUUCUUAUACACUUUGUCAAACAUUUUGGAUAUGGAGAAAAUGUCAGUAACUCAAGUAACGCUUCGUCAUUUCCAAUGAAUUGGCGUGAGCUCUCUAUGGAGAGCUUUUAUCUAAAGAACUUAUUUUACUUCUGGGUGCCGGCUAUGACAAUCUCUUGUUCAAUGUACUAUGGUAUAGGUGGAUUUAUUCACUGGUACUUUUACGUUCGUCAACGUGACAAACCUGAGGAAUGGAAGUGCCAACCACAAAAAUUUCUGUCACCUGAAUUGGAACGACAUGAAAUCAUGCUAGGAAGCUUCAGUUUACUAUGUACAAGUUCAGUUUCAGCUCUACUAGCUUGCUAUAUGUUUAAUGGAGGACCAUGUUUCGUGUAUUAUCCGUUCAACCAAUACGGUUGGUUUUGGUGGUUUCUUCAGUGGCCUAUUGUGUUCAUUUACAUGGAUUACUUGAUGUAUUGGAUACAUCGUACUUAUCACACACCAUGGCUGUACAAGAACUUCCACAAGCUCCAUCAUAAGUAUAAACAACCAACAGCAUUUUCCGUCACUGCUAUUCAUCCUGUGGAAAUUCUACACAUUCAAGUUAGCAUGUUCUUACCAUUAUUCUUCUGUCCACUACAUUGGGUGCCGUAUUGUGUGAUAUCAAUGUACAAUUAUUAUCAUGGAAUCAUUGACCAUUCUGGAGUUAACUUCAAAGCAUUCUGGUGGCAACCAUGGCAACCUGAUGCCAUUUUUCAUGAUAAUCAUCAUCAGUACUUUCAUGUUAAUUUUGGAUUUAAUUGCUCAAUUUGGGAUAAGAUUCAUGGAACUUUCAGACUGAAAGAUCGCAUUUAUACUGAGAAGACAUUUUAUGGAAUAGGAAAAAAGAUUGAAGAAGCUACAGAGAAGGAACUGUUGGAUGAUAUCGCGGAACGUGAAGCAGAAAAUCCUCUAGCCUAUAGAGAUAACAACCCAAUCUAUAGGUUAUCAAGAGAUGAUUUAAAAUUGAAGAAAAUAAAGUGAUCAGAAGUGUUGAUUCGACUUUCUUUCUUUUUAAUGAAGAAAAAAAUUUAUUGAUUAUCGAUUUUAAAAUAUUCCCUUUAAAAAAUUUUUAUGUUUUCUAGUUUGUUUUUAAACUUUGUAGUUUCUAUGUAUGAUUAUUUUGUUUAGUUAGUUGAGGAUUAUAAGUAUAUUAAAACUAUUUGACAAUGUAAAUAAUUUAAAUAAACUAUUUAAUUUAGACUUGAAAAUGUUGGUCUGGUCGAUUGAACAUUUGUGUGAAAGAAUAUCAUUUAUAUAUCCAAACACUUUGCCACAUCUGUUUUAGAUGGGUGGUGUAGUAUAAACACAAUUAUCGUUUUUCAUAUUUUUUACGAGGUAGCUGUGACGAGGCUAAUGAUUUUUCAAUAAAAGUUAGCAACCGCUGACGCCACACGAUUAUCGGUUUUGUUUAUAAUUAAACUAGAAACUUCACCACAAUCACAGAUUACUAUUACGAAUUUUGUGUUAAUAUUAGUUUUUAUGAAAUGGAAAAUGUUACGCCCAUAUUUAAUUUAAAAAGAUUUCGAAAAUUAUUUUAUUUAAAAUUCUUUUAAAACUUCCUUCGAACCAAGUUGAAGGAAGUUAAAGAUCGUAUUGCACUAAGGAAUUUCGGUGUCAGCGAAAUGGUGCAACUCGCGAGGCAAUGACACCAAAAUAAUUUUAUAUUUUUAAAUUUUAUUCAACUCAUGAGGCAAGCCCUUGGAACCUACACGAGUAAUAAACUAUCAAUUAUUAAUUAAACUAUAUUGAUAAAUAUCGAUUAAUAAAAGGGUAUUAUUUUAUUGAAUUUAUAAUUUGUUUUAAAACAACAACAAUGGCUAUGGUAUAUGUAUAUGUGUGCAUAUAUGUGUAUUAUCCAUGUGAUUAACAGUAAAAAGGAAAAUUAUUAACUAUUAGAAUUAAAAUAAUGAAAUGCAUAUUGUAUGCAUAUAUAUAUAUAUAUACACGAAGAAUAGACGUGAGGCUACACUCAACGCGUUGAGUGAAGACUUCCCGCGCUCCCCACGCUCCCCUUGACAUUGUGCGAGAGAGAAAGAAGAUUGUGUAUAGCAUCGAAGCGUUCUCUCUCAGGCAUAUUGUUCUUACGGAGUAUAGUGUACUCUUCUAUCCUAUCGCUCUUUCUCUCUCACACUAACGGCGAAUGUUACUAUAAUCGUCUGCCUUCAAUUUUAAAUGCAUUUUUUUUAAUUUUUCGAACCUUGAAAAUAGGGUGAAUGAUGGCCCGGCCUUAAUUAAAAAUAUUUAUACAAUUAACAAUUAUACGAUAUAUAAAGAUGGGAACGUUUAGGCUAUUAUUAUUAUUAAUUCUAUUAUUAUUUCUUUUCUUUCAAAAAUAUAAUUUAUCUCUCGUUUCCCUGUACCAACCUAGCUUAUAAACCUUGCCCGCCAUAAAUUGCAAACUUGCGGAAGAUUCCAAUGCACAUUAAAAUAAUUAUUGACAAAUGAUUUAACGUUGGAAUUGUAACAACCUUUUUUUUUUAGGGUUACAAAAUAGAAUGGAAUUUCUAUUUUGAAAUGUCCAUUAUUUCCAACUUACAUUAAUCCUAUUUUAAGAGAUUAAUUAAAAAAAAAAUAAAAUAAAUAAAUAAACAAAUUAAAAAUUGUUUCAAUAAUUAAAAGAAUAUUAAAAAGAAAAUAUUCUUUCUAAGAAUACAAGAAAAAGGAAUUUAUUUCAACAUAGUGCAAUGAACCGAUUCCACAAAAUGCAAGUUCAGCAAUUUUGGCAUGGCAACAGGACCAACGCCCUGUCCCCACCUUUCCAUAUUUCUUAAGGAAGUAAAACUAUAUAAGCUCAUUAAUUAGAUAUCUAAAUUGUUCAGUUCGGUUGCCGCGACCCCCAGAAGCUAGACUCUGGCAUCGGUGUAAAAGAAAUUUCUUAAAUCCUAUAACGUUCCCGUCCGAUACCGAGGAUCCGAAUUAAUUGUGUGCUUACACGAAUAAUUCGGUCGGACGAAAAUAAAAAUACAAAUUACUCCGAAGUCCACGGAGGCCAUUUUCAAAAUUUGAGAACAGUACGGUUUCCCACAGCACAGAGACUUGAACUCUGUCGGAUUAAAAUUUUUUUUAAAUUUCCUAUAACGUUCCCGUCCGGUAUACAGGAUCCAAAUUGAUUGUAUGCUUAUACAAGCAAUUUGGCCGGACGUAAAAUAAAAUUUUAAACACCUCGAAAUCCGCGGGGUCGUCUCAAAAAUUAAAAUAGUGGGGAAAUAAAUUUAAUAAAAAUCCUUUCUUGUCAAAAGACCGGCCGGUUUCGGUUGUUGCCGCGUCCGCCCUGUUUUAAUGGUUUGAGGAAUUAACUUAGGAAAUUGAUUAAAGAAAAUAGGGCCAUCUCAAAAGCCCACGGUGUUUAAAUAUAUUAAUAAUUAUAAUAUAUUUAAUUACAAAAUAUUUUCUGUUUAUAACAAUUUUUCAAGGACAAUAAAUAGUGCGUAUUGUGAAAUCUUCGCCCGUCGGCAGAAAUUCUGGCGGUAGACUUAAGGUUCCAGAACGGGUAAGUAAUUGUAUCGUUCUGGUUAGUUUUACCCCAUCCUCCUUUCUUUUAUUGUUUGAGAGGCGGAUGGAUCCUUUCUUUAAUUUACAAUAAUAAAUCAUAACUAUUAUUCUUAA